AUGUCAGUCCCUUCGACUUUUGAUGCAGUGAGAGCACACCUCGCUCAAGUCCAGGAGAACCCCUCCACGGCGUUGGACAUUCCCCUCAUCGACAAGUUGAAGUUGCAACUAGUCGAAUCCACCGCCCCUGUGGUCCCUGCGACCCUCCUAUCCCAAAUUUCGGCCCUUCUUCCCAUCUUGCAAGAAGACCCCACGCCUAUUACAACCCUCGGAAUCACAGCUACUUCCUACUUCACAUUCACCGAUCUCCAAUCUAUCGAUCCUCCGAUCAAUCUUGUCGCUGGCUUCAAAGCCCCAUCACCACCAAUCAACAUCCUAGCCCUUUCGCUAUUGGCUAAAGCCGGACGAAAACAUUGUGAAGCUGCCAUAGUCGCAGGAGAUGCAAACUUGGUGGCUUCACUCGUGGAGCUGUGGCUUUCAACACCUUCGGCUGAGGUCGCACAGGCAGCACUCGACACACUAUGGGCGCUUUUAGAGGUUGAUGUCGCUAAUCAUCUGGAAAAUGGAGAAUAUGAGCAUACUGGCGGUGAAAAUCAUGCAGGACAGGGACUCUUUUGGAGGAGGGUCUUCACCGAUAAGGAUGUCUACGGUCGAUUGUUCGGGCUAUGCAGCCUUCAGAGUGAUGCCCCUGGCGAUCUCUCCAAACGCGAGAGAACACUCGCACAGGGAAGACUAAUGACACUCCUAGUGAAGGCUGGAAAACUACGCUGGGACAUCAUCUCAACCGCGCAAGUACCGGAAAUCGAGGCUAAAUACCAGAGCAACAGUCUCUUGCAUUUUGCAACCUGUCAUAUGGUCGAAGUGGGCGACAUCCUGAUGCAUAUGACGCUAAUGAACUUCUUCCGCGAGUUACUAGAGAUUGAUGGGCCGGGCCUCGUCGCUCGUCGCUCUGUCCAGUCUACUUCCACCUUCUCAUCCCCUGCCCUCGACUUCCUUGUCGCACACAAGCUGCAUUCCAAAGUGCUGACUUAUUAUCUCGAUGAGUCAAAGCUGGACCCAGUGGAUCUUCUUUACCUAUCAGGCCCAAUCAUGGCAUAUGUGGCUCGGUACGCCGAGAUGUAUCCGAACCACUUAUUGCAGAACCCCUCAACCCUACUUGAUGGAAUUAUCUCCCGUAUUAACAGAUCUCUCGCCAUUCCUACAGCUCAAUGGGCACAUGGUGAAGUACCCACAGGUCACCUGGCGAUUUUAGCUUCGCUUCCCCGAGUGCUUCUCGUAGAAGCGGCCAAGCAUGGCGCCAACCCAGUUCUCACAAUUCCCACAAACCCCCCAAAUGCCGAGGCUCUGGAUGUUCUUGCAAAAAUUUUCCACGGGCCUAGGCGAACUGGCAUUUCUGAAUCAAUGAAUUUAAACACAUCCGGCGCAACCCCAACUGACUGGGACCGCGAAGCAGCUGCAGCGCGCAUCCUCUACCUCUUCUAUGUGAACCAACACCCUACUUUCUGGGACAAUGUCGUGGGCGCUGCCGACAUCCUAGUGAUGAAAGAUAUUGCUUUGUCGGCCAUCAUUUUCAUGAGGGCUAUUACAACAGCGAACUGGAAACCCUCACCUUCAGCGCCUGUCACUCCGAAACGAUCACGGUUCCAGCUGCCCUCCGAAGAGGAUCUAGGUCAGCUAUCCCCAGCUACCAGUGGAUUUUUACCCACAUCAGGAGCAUGGGCAGUUCUCACUCCGCCUGCUCUUACCACCCUUCUUCCGUAUCUCUUCAAGCCACCUCGCUCCUAUGCAGAGUUCGUCGGGGGUGGUGCAGGUGAUUCCCAGAGUAUUGUUUGGAAAGUUGCCACUGCAAAGCACGAUGUUCUCGUAGCUCUGCACCGUCGAUUGCAAGAAACGGAUGGUGAGAUGGAAGGAUUCGAAGAUAUCAUGCGAACACUACAACAGCGUGUGAACGAGGGUCCCUGGGGACCUCUGCAAUCUGGCGUUAUGUCACGUCGUGGGGGACCAAAGGGCAAAAAGCCCCCUGGUACUGAGUUUACCUGGGACGCCGACCCUGGCGGGGAGCCGGACACAGCUCCUACCCCGUUGUACCCUAAAUAUACUGUCCCCUUUGCUCGGAAGUUGAGCCCCGCAGAACAAACCCAGGUAGACUACUACCGAGAGUUGCGCGAAACCUUUCACGAGGGACCCUUCUACUCUGUUCUUGAUGCGUCAUCUUCCAGCGCCAAAAAAGGCAGCGCCGCGCGCGCCAAUUUUGACGCUUUCCAUGGCAUGCCCACUUAUUCCGGCCGUUAUCAAAAGAAACGACGCACCCUUCCAAAGAUCACGGGACGGUCUUAUUUCUUGAAGUUCUUUCCCCGCGAGCUAUGGCAAACCCUCCAGCCAAAUUUCCGACCCGACGCGUCCCUGGAUGGCUACCAGACCCAGGUCUCGGCCGCUGGAGUGAAGCGUGGCUUUGAAGAUGAAGAAGACGAAACUGGACCUUCGAAGCGCACGGCCGGCGGCGAAGACGAGGAGGAAGGUGAAGCAGAUGCAGAUGAAACCGCAUUGAUUGAGGGUGAAGAUGAACAGGAAGAGGAAAUUAUGGAUGACGACUUCUCUGAAGAUGAUGAUGAAAUGGGCGGCGAUUACAAUGCCGAACAGUACUUCGAUGAUGGAGAAGAUGAUAUGGGUGAUGAAGACGGUGGAGGUGGCGGCGGCGACGAUGACUUCUGA